AUGGCUCUGUCUCCCGUCGGUCGCAAGCAGUUUGCUGCUCAUCUAUCAUUCUUUGUGGUCAACCUCGUCGUACUCGCGCUCUCAGUAAAGGUCAAUGAUUUCCAGGAAUACUUCUUCAUGGCAGACCUCUUCCCCCUCGGUCUUUCCAUUACGACUCUAGUCAUCCUCGUAGCCCUGUUCAUCAUUGAUUUCGCCAUUGUGGAGAAUUACUCGGGCAGGCCCCAGUUCACGAUUCCUCUGUUUGCGAUAUUGAGCGUCUUUUGGUUGGCGUUCAACGCGUUCUCCACCUCCCGCUGGCGCUUCGUCCCCCUCGAGUGCGACACCAUCCCGGCCGAGUUCUCUGAAGACAAGGCGUGGUGCAAGAACCUCCAGGCGCUCAAGGCAUUCGUCUGGGUUGAAUGGGUUCUAUGUUUCUUGAUCACACUCUUCACGGUCCGCUUCACCUUCACGGAGAACGCCCGCGGGCGCAAGCAUAUCUUCAGAGGCCCGCUCUCGCGGUACAACCCCAAUGCGGGCGUCUUCGGCCACGGCGUGGGGUACAAUUUCGGCGGCGGUGCCGCGCGGGAUAGCGAGUUUCUCCAAUACGAAAAGUAA